AUGUAUAAAGUUUAUCAAUAUCAAAUGGUUUUAAUGCAUGCAAUUUUCAUAAUUGUUGGAGGUUGGGCUUACUUUACGUGGUUAAAAGAAGUAACCUUGUUUAAUUAUAAUGCAAAAUCAUUUGGAAUAGAAAAAAAAUACUCGGUUUGGCCCGUAUACAUUCCCGAUCAAAUAAUAUAUUUGCUUUCACUGGGAUUCAUACUUAGAGCUAUAAGAGAAGAAUUAAGAUGGAUGAUGAAUAUUUUAUUACUAAUCAACAUUUUGGAAAUUGGAAGCAUUUUAUAUAGGUUAAUCGUAUGGUGCCCUGACGAUUUAUUUAAUUCCAAUGAAUUUGGUAGAUGCAAGUUUGAAAAUAGAAUUAAAUACAUCACUGAUUAUACGACUAUAUUCAUUGUUGGUAUCUUUUGUCUGUUGCUUACUAUUUCACAUUUCUUAACCCUUUUGAUCUGUUAUAAGAAUUUUGGGAAUAAUUUUGGAUUUUAUUUGAGGUAUGUUGAAAUUCCACCUGAAUAUAAUUAUAUUGACGAUAUUCCAAGAAGAAGAAAAGGUGUUAUUGGACGCGUAUAA